AUGUCCCGCAGUGAGCAGCGACACGGAGCAGCCGACGCCGUGGGCCCAUCACAGAACAGCUCGGGCCCCAGGAGUGCGCCCCGGCCCCAGGACUACACCGUGGGGAACGUCGUCCGCUUGGGCGCGGCGGGCCUGGUCCUGGCGGUGCUCGGGGUGCUGCUGUUCCAGGCUCGAAACAGCCCAGGGGGGACCCACGACGCAGCCGGGACCCCCUCCCCUCGGAGCCAGGACCGCGCUGUCUGCAGGGGCCGCCUGGUCUGCGCUGCCCCCGAAGACCCGGCGUCCCGGACACAGGGCGGCACAGAGGAUGUGCCCCGGGAGCGCCCCGAGAGCGCCAAGUUCCCCAUCACACAGAUGACAGAGCUACAUGCAGGGACAUAUCGCUGUUACUAUCUCAGCCCCCAGGGCAGGUCAGAGCCCAGUGACUCCCUGGAGCUGGUGGUGACAGGAGCCUACAGCAAACUCAGACCCGCCCUCUCGGUGCAGCCAGGCCCCAGGGUGGCCUCAGGAGACAACGUGACCCUGCUGUGUCGGUCACAGAGCCCGAGGGACACUUUCCUUCUGUCCAAGGAGGGGCAGCCGAUCCCCCCGCGCCUUAGGUCAAAGCACGGAGCUCAGCCGUCCCAGGCAGAGUUCCCCAUGAGUCCUGUGACCUCGGCCCACGGGGGGACCUACAGGUGCUACAGCUCAGUCAGCACCAACCCCCACCUGCUGUCCCCGCCCAGUGAGCCCCUGGAGCUCCUGGUCUCAGGUGAGGGGCCCUGA